UCCUGGUCCAGACAUCGCGCCGCUAUCGCGAUAAGUGCCUGCUGGCUGCUAUGCAGCGCAGCUAUCGCGAUAACUGCCUGCUAUGCAGCGCAGCCGCAGGGGCCUGACGCUGGGAUGACAAACUACAAGUUAUUUAGCCGAAACAAACACACGGGGAAACGUCGGCCGAUUAUUCCCGAGGCAUCGCCGCUUUCUCCGUGACUCAGCUAUGGUCCGAGGCGGCAGGGGCGACUCUUAACGUACGGGAAUGAGACGAGGUUGGUUGUUUGGGCAUUUGCAGCUUUGGGCCCGUUGACUCUCCUGUUGUCGGCACGGGAUGGCGCAGGGAGGCUCUCAGCUCGACUAUCACAUCCUGCAGGAUCUCAAGCAGCGUUUCCCAGAGAUCCCAGAGGGGGUAGUGUCACAGUGCCUUCUGCAGAAUAACAACAACCUGGAUCUGUGCUGCCACCUGCUGGCUCAGGAGAGUAACAGAUACCUGUAUGGAGAGUUCCAUCACAGUCCAGAGGAGAUGCGACUGAGCCGAAACCACAUGCUUCACAUUAGCCUGGGCUACCCGGGCUCGGAGGCGAGCAAAUCCAACGGAGCAGGAGUGGGGCGCUCUCUAGUGCACAGCACCAGUGACAGUCACAUUGAACCCCAGCGGCCCAGCUAUCCCGAGCCGUUGUCAGCUCCCGCAACUAUGGCCCCUUCCCCUGGAUACAAUCCUUUUUUUAUGAACGAUCAAAGCCGCUCAGCCAGCACACCCACACCCCCGCCCACAAUACAAGGCAUGUCCCCUACAUACGCCCCUGUUCCCCGUUACACUAUAAAUCCUAUAACAGUUGAUAUUACACAAAGUAUACCCAAUAUUCCACAAGCUCUGCAGAUUCCACCUGGGCACUAUGGUAACAGCACCAACACCACCCUUUACAUGCGACCCUCCCCCUCUCAGAGCCCACAGCCUACGCCCUGGUCGUCCUCAGGGGCAGCUGUCUACCAGCAUCAGCAGUCCCCCUACAACACUCCCACAUAUGGCUCACCGUACAGCUCCCCACAGCAUCAGGUCCAGCCACAGCCUCAACCACAACCUCAGCCACAGCCCGGACACCAGCAAUACGUCUUCCUCCCCAUUAGCUCUGCAACCCCUCCCAGCAUGCCCUACCAUCACCAGCAACAGCCCCAGCAACAGCCAGUUUACAGGCCCUAUCACACAAAAAACCCUCUCACCAAACAGAUAGAGAUUACCCUUGAAGGACCACGACCUCGCAGCAACUCACCUGUGCACACCCCACACUCCCAGGUUUAUAUGGCUACGAGCCCUUCGCCCAGCUCUCCUUCGAGGGGCAUCGCAAUGAGUGGACCACCAGGACCGGCGGCAUUCCACCCUGGGAUGUAUUUACAGCAUCAAGGCUCUGCAAGGCCUCGACCCGCCUCCUCCCCUCAACCGGGCCAGUCGGCCUAUACUUUCAAAAUCAAAGUGUCCCCUGGAGGCCAGGCACAGAGGCCCCUAAGCUCACCUCCUGUUGCUGAGUCUCUUCUCAACAUGGUAGACCAAGGAGAGCACAAUGCAGCCCCUCCACCCAUCCUGCCUAUCUCUGCUCUGCCAGGGAACAAUGUCAGUCAGUUUCAGCAAAUGCCCCGACGUUCAAGCUCAGGCUCUGAUGACUAUGCCUACACACAGGCUCUUCUCCUCCACCAACGUGCGAGGAUGGAGCGUUUAUUGAAGGAACUGCUGCUGGAGAAGCAGAAGCUAGAACAAUUGAAGGCAGACGUCAAUAACAUGGAGUAUGAUGCUCUUCAAAGACGUUUCCGACGUGUCAACUCCACAAAUCUUAUACCAAGGCCAGAAGAGAUGACACGACUCCGGAGUCUCAACAGACAGCUGCAGAUUGAUAUUGACUGUACACUGAAGGAGACGGAUCUGCUGCAGUCGAGAGGGAAGUUUGACCCUAAAGCAAUGAACAACUUUUAUGACAACAUCCAGCCUGGUCCAGUUGUGCCGCCCAAAACUGGGAGGAAAGAAGGGGAGCAGAGCUCCAAGCCAGUGCCGGUGCCUCAGAGAGAUGAGGACUUUGAAGGCGCCCAAUGGAACUGUGAAAGCUGCACCUUCCUCAACCAUCCUGCACUCAACCGCUGUGAACAGUGUGAGAUGCCACGCUACACCUAAGUUAGCACUGCGCUGUAUCGCCUGCCCCUGCCCCAUCCUUCGUAAAUCCUUGGAUACUAUGAGCCCCGACCCUAUAGAGUCUGUCUUGAGGUCUUCCCCUGUCAAUCGAUAUAUAAGCCCCUGCUGAGGAAGAGCCACCGUCCUCCCUCUACUCACUCGUCCAUAUCUCGUCAACUACUUCUGUGCACUAUGAUCUAUUUUUUUUUUUUUGGUGGAUGGUGAAUCUCUUAUCAAGACUGUUGGAGACUCCUCUCAUGACGAUAUCCAGUGGACGUGACACUCUGCUACCCUGGCAUUAAGUGAGACAGGCUUCGGAAAGGUCAACCCAGUGUAAGGAUUGAAGAGAAGGGGCUACAGUUUACUGGGUGAAAACUCCACUCGGAUGUGAGCGGCUGCCCUGUUUACACUGUGGGAAUUCAUGAACUCAGAAAGGAGGCACUUCCACUUUAACCCGGGACCUCUGACAGCAGAACAUUGAAAGCAAUGUUAUAUAAAUUGUGACUAAUGCGAAAUGUAGACUGUACACUGUAUCUGGCUCUGUAUUAGAGCUCAUUUCACUGAAAGAACACUAAAGACAUUUGCAUACAAGUAUAUUCCUGGUACUUCUAUGCAUAUCAUGCCAUCAUGUAUUAUGUGUUCAAAAGAUGUUAAUUUCCUGUGUAAAUGCCUCAACUUGCUGUACCUAAUAAAGGAACUGAUUCUAUGUGACUUG